AUGGAACAUGAUAAAAAAUUGUUACCUAGAUUUCAAAUAUUUAUAUUGGGAGUUAUGGUUUUCUCUGAAGCCAUUAGUUCAACAUUUAUAUUCCCGUUUAUAUAUUUCAUGAUAAAAGAUUUCAAUAUUACUGAUGAUGACAAACAAAUCACAUCGUCAUUCUUUUUAGCUAAAGCUUGUUCUUCGAUAUUAUGGGAAAUGUUGUCCGAUAAAUAUGGUCGAUGUCUAAUAUUGUUGCUUGGUUUAUUAGAGUCUAUUAUCAGUUGUUUGCUGUUUGGAUUAAGUCAUUCGUUAUGGCAAGCCAUGCUUACUCGUUCAAUUAGUGGAUUUCUUAAUGGUAAUUCUGGAGUAACCAAGAGUAUUAUUGGAGAAAUUAGCAACAAACAAAAUGAAGCAAAAGUCUAUUCGAUUAUAAUCUCUUGUUGGUCAAUGGGAUUCAUCGUUGGACCAAUGAUUGGUGGAUAUUUAUCUAACCCUGUUCUUAACUAUCCGUUAAUUUUCGCAAAUAUUAUAUUCUUAAAAGACAACCCGUACCUUUUACCAUGUUUGAUAAUAGCCUUUAUUAUUUUGAUUAGUAUCUUAACCGGGUAUUUCAAACUCAAAGAAAUAUUCAAAAGUUACAAAAACGAUGAAAACGUAGCUUUAUUAACGAGCAAUAAUCCAGACAAAAGAGAAACGGUUAAAAAGAGUAUUUUUAAUAUACCUUUGGCUUCAUGGUUCGGACUAACUACUAAAAACCUAGCAUUGAUAUUCGCAUCAAUGGGUAUAACACAAAUAUUCUCUCAAAUCAUUAUUUAUCCUUGGAUAGAUAAAAGAGUUAACCGAGUUACAUCUUACAAAUAUGUUUGUUCAAUCGCAAUCUUUAUCAACAAUUCUGUGAGAUCAAAUUCAUUAGGUAAAGUGAACGGGAUAGCUCAGACUGCGGUUGCAUUUAUGCGUUCUGUAGGUCCUCUUAUAGGAGGAUUGAUUUGGAUGUGGUCUUUAUCUAAUAACUUGAAUUUUCCUUUUGAUGUCACCAGUGCAAUAAAAUUAAAAAGUAAUAAUAAAUUACUUCAAAAAUCUCUAGAGCUUGAUAUACAUAGAAAUGAUCCGGAAAAAGGACAAAUAGAAGAAUUUCUUCAAUUAUUUUAUGAUCAAUUUAUUAAUGUACUAGUUAAAGAAGAUAAAUUAGUUAUCGAUCUAGUCAGAAGUCGUUAUAAAUGGUUUGGCUUAGGCGGACAAGAUCCAGAUAAAAUAGGUGCUAAAAAAAUACUUGAAAGCAUUGACGCAGCAAAUAAGUUAACUAGUGAUGAAGCAAAGGAAACCAAAAGAAAGACUCAACUUAUUCUCAUGUUUUUAUUAUAUAG